AUGAAUGGUGUUGCGAUGAUAUCGAAUGUAGAUAUUUCAAUGGGCAUCCUUUCCGACUUUCGUGACGGUUUCUUUAAUCGAAUAGUUCAAGAACAUGUUUUAAUUUUUGUAACGCCAGAUGUCGAUGGCGUUUGUGCUUGGCGAAUACUCAGGCAUUUGCUUCGUCAAGGACAGGUCCUUUACACUCUAAUUGUUGUUUCAAACAAGGUUGAGCUUUGUCAGCAAUUUUGUCUAAAUAAGGACAAGUUUGACCACAUUGUCCUCAUAAAUUGCGGCGCCAAUUUUGACGUUCUCGAAGUGCUUGAACCCCCAGAUCAAAGCAUAUUUUAUAUUUGUGAUAGCCACCGUCCUAUCCACGUGAACAACUUUUACAACCAAAGGCAGAUAAAUUUGAUUACCCUAAACGAGAACACCGAUGAUAUUCCAAAGUUUGAGGACAUCUACAACGACGACCUGACAGAUAACUCCGAGGGUAGUGAAGAUGAAGGCGACCGUCAGCGGAAUCGAAUGCUAGCUGCGGAGAAGCGAAUCAGUCGACGAAGGUGGGAGCGUCGAAAACAGGAGAUUCUUAUUGAGUACGAGAGCUUCUCGUAUUACACCACUUCAUCUGCUGUUGUGCUCUUCGACCUUGCGUGGAGGCUCUCCCAGGAUAGCCAUCAACUGCUGUGCGCGAUCGUCGGACAAACCAGCCAAUUGAUGCUGAACAAAACUAAUCGGGACCACUACAUUGACCAGAUAGAAUACCUCCAGAGCCACGUGAAUCGGCUGGGCCACUCGUCUCACGCUCAAACGCAGCUUGAAAGCAGAAACCAGGACGUUUCCAUCAGUUUCGACGAAGAGCUCACCUUAUGGCUGUACCGUCACUGGAGCCUGAAAGACGCUCUCGAGAUCACCAUGCUGACGUCAACUCGGUUUAAACUCUUCACAGAAGGCGGCCACAAACGGCUUCAGGAAUUCCUCGCUAGUAUUGGGUUGCCACGCCGAGAUUGUGCUCAAAAGUACUCAACCAUGAACGCCCAGGUGAAAAACAAUUUGAAUCUGCUAUUCCUUCAGUUUGGGGACAAGUUUGGUCUCACUCGGCCGGAAUUGUUUUUGCCCUCAUUCAUCCUCCGACUGUCCUACAAGACGCCUCUGUCGGCGCUGGAUUGUUUUUGGUUGACUUUGGCCGCACUUGAAUAUCAGUCAAGUAGCGAUCCCACUGGAAACUUCCACACGGCCAUGGAGAAUCUCACCUGUUGGUCGAUGGAGUCCCUUGAGGAGGGGAUGGAGAGUCUGCAGGGCCACCUGCGGUGUCUGGUGGGCCAGGUGCGGGCCCUUCUCGACACCGAUGAGGUGGUCGCUUUCGGCCCCUUCCUCUACGUCUACGUGGCCAAAAGUUCCCUGUUGUCCCAGAAUCACCGCAAUCCACAGGUUCUCAGUAUUCUAGCUCGGUACAUCCUCUCAGCGAAGGCCGCCACGCGCAACAAAGUGGCAAUAAACGUACAUUAUUCACUUCAGGGACGGAGUAAGCGAAUUGUCACGAUGCCCUUGGUGCUUUGCGUGGAUAGCAAAGUCGAUGAAAACUACCUCUACAUCAUCGGAAUUCCUCCACUGCAUGGUGACGACGAUAGAAACAUUUUCGGCCAGGUCUUUGAUGUGGCCGUAAAACGAACAAAGGCUCGAGCCGAUUUCAGGCAUUUUGACUCGAACUGCAUUGAGCUUCAUCGAGAAGAUAUGCUCAAAUUCUUCGAAGCCUUGGCUUCUCUCCUGAGCUCCUGA